AUGGCGUCUCGCCGUUUCUUUUCCUACGACCCGUACGACUACUACUACACCUCCCCGUACCACUACACCGACCCGUACUACCAGUACCAGCACCCGGCUCCGUCCCGCGGCGUCGGCGGGUUCUUCCCGGCCGCCGCGGACGCCGCGCCAGAGGCGGUGAAGGUGGACCCGCGGCCCAGGGUCGAGUCGUCGAGGUCGGUCUCCAUCCCUGUCCGCUUCGUCGGGUCUGACCCGGAGCCGGAGCGCCGGGCUGCAAGGAUGCCGCCGCCGGCGGCGGCGGCGGCGGCGGCGGUGAGGCUGCAGGCCGCGGCGCGCGGGUUCAUGGCGAGGAAGUCGGUGCGCGCUGUUCGCGAGGUGGAGCGCGAGGCGGCGGAGGUUGUGGAGAAGGUUGCCCGCGAGACGGAGGCCCUGCGCGGGGACGGGAGGGAGCGGAUCGCCGUCGGGGAGGCGCUGAUGAAGAUGCUGCUGCGGCUCGACGCGGUGCGCGGCGCGCGGGAGUACCGGAGGAGGGUCACCAAGCGGGUCCUCGCGUUGCAGGAUGCCGUUGACGCCCUCGAACCAAAGGCGGCGCCGGAUUCGGAGGCCGUGGCGGAGGAGAACGAGUCCGAGGUGACGGCCGAGAUGGCGGGCGAGAGCAACAGCACGGCGGCGACGGAGCUGCCGGUCGAUGCGGAGCACGGCGGUGAGAUUGAGGUGAAGGUGGCGGCUGAGACGUCUGCGGAUAUGGAGGUGGACGGGGACAGAAUUGAAAUCGAGACGGCGCCAGAAGUGGUGGAGGAAUCUGAAAAAUUGCUGGACGGCGGGAACAUUGACGGCGACAAGCCGGAAGGUUCCGAUGCGGAGGGUGAGUGGGAGAUGGUGGCGGAGGAAGCGGAGCCUACAACAGCGGCGGCGUCCACCGAGGCGCGCCCACAGGAACCGAUGGCGAGCGAGGUGAUGAGUAGGGGAGGGGAGGCCGGAACUGCCGACAGCGCCCUGGACACUCGGAAGGUUAUGGAGAUGGUUGCGGCGCUGUGCGAGCAGAACGCGCAGCAGUGCACGGUGAUCGGGGCUCUGGCGGAGCGCGUGGACGCACUGGAGCGCGCCGUGCGGCGGGUGGAGGACGCCGAGCGCCGCCGCCGGCGGGGAAAGAAGCUGAAGAAGGAGGGGAAGGGGAGCAAGAGCAACAACAGCAAGUGGCAAGAGCAACAACAGCAAGUGCUACAGCGAUUGAGGGCUGCAAAUCUGAACACUAAUAACAGCUCUGCUCUUGAGCUUCUUGUAUCCGUACCGAAGAAAAAUCUUGUUUGGUAG